AAUAUGGAGUAAGAUAAGGAGUAUAAUAAAAAAAAUCUGGUGUAGAUAUUAUUAGUCCACCACAGCUGUCAGCCGGGUUCCCUGAGCGCGCAGCGCAGCCUGUGGACCAUACACUUUCACCCGCCCCGACCCGUCAGUAAUCGUGCCAUGAUUGCUUUUCGACCUGUUCCCAGGGCCGAUCCAAGCCGUCCGUCUCCUCACCAAGCGGCCCGGAUCCCUCCUCUCCGGCCACCCCAAAACACGCCCGACGCCAGCGCCACCGAAAUCCCCCAACCCAUGCAGCGCAAGCAUUACCAUAACCUCCUCGCAUAUCGGCCCGCGCUGCUGCCGGAAGCAGAUCGGAGCAGCCUCUUCGGCUCUUGGCGACGGAUGUUGCUCGCUUCGUUUACCACGACCAGAUCUGCGAUGGCUUCUGCUCGCCUCGCUCGCUACCCACCAGAUCCCGGCGCCUCCCCCCUCGUCGCUCAAUUCUGCUCCGCCGCGCUGCGAUCGAUCCGCUCCCAGACGACGAUCGCCCGGCGCGGAUCAGCAGCCGCCGGGGCUGCUCCGGCGUCGCGAAUGGCCGCGCUCGCCGGGCCGACAAGCAGCGCAGAUCGUGGGGCUCGCCGGCGGCACCGGCUUCGGCCUCGUCUUCCGUGGGGACGGCAGGCGCGAGGCGGUGCCCUGCCCGCCGCGGACUGCCUCUGGGAGUUCGCUUCCGUUACGGCACCUGCCAUCCUGGCCGUCGGUCGGGGGCUGGCGUUCUCGUGAAUCCCGUGGUGGGCCGGGGGCAGAAGCGGUAACUCGCCGGGCCAGGUUUCUUACGGGUUAGGAGCAGGAGGUCAGAGACUCCCCAGAGUUGGCUUCGCCGCGCGCAUGCGAUUUGCGGCGGCGGCCGAAGCCUCGUACAGCCGCCGCUGGGACGACGACGACAACGGCGACGUGGAUGCCUCCGCCGCCGCCGGAUCGAAGGGACUAUCUAUACCGGGAGGGCCGCAGGCACGACGGCGGCGUCGGCGACUCGCUCCUGCCGCCUGCCCCCACGCCGCCGCGCUGGCGGGACUCGCCGUACCACCCGCCGCCGCCACCGCCCCUUCGGGACCCCGCGCGGCCCUCGCCGCGCCGUGCGCCGCCGUUGGCCUCCUCAGGUGGGCAUGCCCCCCGCGAAUGCUCAGAUCUGAGGCCGCCGCCGCCUCGCCGACCCCCUCUGGUGCCCCUAAUUUCCUCCAACCGCUCUGCUAUUUCAGAAGGCUACUACCGACAGGGUGGCGGCGCGUACGACCGUUCCUACCCUGAUGACCCGCCGUCUGUCUACACGCCGUCGCGCUCGGACCGGUACUGGCCGGAAGACGACGACGGGGGAUACAAGGGUUUCGGUCGGUAUGGCAGCGGUGGCCGCAGGGACGGCCGUGACAUGAGGGGUUCAUACCGGAAGUCCCCAUACAGGGGCGGCUACGGAAGCGACUUCUCCAGGAACCACUCAGAGCAGCCCCCUCCGCCACCACCCAGGAGGUCUCCCUUGAGGUCAGUUGCCGUUCCGAUCUGCUAUGACCCUCCGGGCAAUAGAAUUAACAGAGGGGACAGGGACAACCUCCCACGGGUGACACCAUGGCGGAGAAGGGAGAGCAGAUCUGAAGUAGCCGAUGCUGAUGGACCGCUUUCUGUUGGCCAAAGUACUCGGCUCUCUGCUUCAGGGAAGGAGGCUUCAGCUCAGCCUCUGGCCGCGGCAGGUCCUCACGGGACGGAAGACGAGGCACCAAGGAAGAAGGCACGCCUUGGAUGGGGUCAGGGUUUGGCCAAGUAUGAGAAGCAGAAGGUGCAGGGUCCUUCGGAUCCCGCUGAAGUUGUUGCUGAUGUAAGUUCAGGUGAUGGCGAACAGAAGACCUCCCUUGCGCCUGCGCCUUCUGUUGCAUCUGUAUUUCCUGCUGCACCACUGCCUGAGUCUGCACCAGCACCUCCUGCUGCUCUUGCACUUUCGUCUGCUCCUAUGCGAUGCUCAUCUCCAGUUACUGCACCGCCAUAUUGUUCCUCAGCACCUGAAGAUAAAUCAUGUGAAAUGACACCAAAUACGGUCACUAACUCUACUAAAGAUGUCUUGGAAGCUGAUGGUAAAACUUUCAAUAAUGAAUUUUCCAUCAAGUUAGAUCAGCUCGGUGAUGAUCCUAUUAAUGGCCUUACAAACAUUCUCGUUGAACUUAUGCAACAUAAUGAUUCUUGUUCUGGGGAUUCAAACGGCCCGACCAGUACAUGUAAGCUGCUCCAACUGAAGGAAAGCAUUUCCAAGGAGAUUGAAAAGACUGAACUCCAGAUUGAUUCAUUGGAAGGCGAACUUAAAUCUGUGAAUACUGAGGCUGUAACUACUCUUGAAAGUUCUCCCACAGGGGUGACACAUACAGAAAAUCUGUCACCUUCUGGUGGGACAUCAAAGGUUCCUGGAAGUGCCGAGAUCUGUGAUACAUUUGAUAUGAUAAAAGAACCGGGGGAGCUCAUUGUUUCUCCUAAGGUACCUGUGGUGCAGGAUGCUGAUGUCAAAGGGGUCGAUAUGAUGGAGGUUGAAACAGCUCCAGUUCGCAAUGCAAAAACAGUUCCUUCAGAAGAGAGUGCUGUAACUCCUGGAGUUGCUGAGGGUAAGGCAUGUGCAGCUGCUGAUCUUAGCUCAUUGAUAGCUUCUGAAGAAGCUGGGUCUCAAAAUGAUAUUGACAAUGACAGGCCGAAAACUUCUUUGUGCCAUGCUGAUUCCAUGAAAAUUAAAGUUAGUGAUGAACUACCAGUGAAGCAAUGGACAUACUGUGAUCAUAUGUCUGAUUUACACAGUUCUUUCACAUCUGCAAAUAAUGAUAUAGCCAAAGAAAUGAAUGAGGUGCUAUUUAAAUCAUUGCCUGCUGGUACAUCUGCCCUUGAUUUGUUGGCAUCAAGUGAUCUUCUUAGCCAACGGAAGAUUGAUUUGAUUGUCAAAGAAAGACUUGGAGUACGUAAAACCAGGCUGAGGUUGAAAGAGCAGAUUCUUACAAUGAAGUUCAAGGCAUAUCGUCACUUGUGGAAAGAGGAUGUACGGCUACUUUCUGCAAAGAAACAGCGAUUGAAGUCUAAUAAGCGCAUUGAUCAGAAUAACCGAACAUCUCAAAUUGGAUCUCAGAGGCAACGCUUUUCUAACCGCUCACGAUUAGCCAUGCCUGCUGGGAAUUUAAGUACAUUCUCAACUCCGGAAAUGUCAGAUGUUGCAAGAAAGUUGUUUUCAGAAUCUCAAAUUAAGCGCUGCAGAAACUACUUGAAAAUGCCUGCACUGAUUAUUGAUGAGAAAGAGAAGGAACACCUGAGGUUUCUGACCAAGAAUGGACUGGUUGUGGAUCCUGUUUUAGUUGAGAAGGAACGGAUCAUGAUAAAUCCGUGGACUCAAGACGAAAAGGAAAUUUUUAUGGAGAUGCUUGCUAAAUUUGGCAAGGAUUUCUCCAAAAUUUCCAGUUUCAUCACACAUAAAACUACUGCAGACUGUGUGGAGUUCUACUACAAGCAUCAUAAAUCAGACAGCUUCCGAGAAGUGAAGAAACUGUUGGACCUUCAUCAACAGCUGCCUGCCAGCAAUUACCUUGGAGCGAAAUCAGGACAGAAAUGGAAUCCUGAGUCAAAUGCUGCUUCUCUUGAUAUGCUUGGGGUAGCAUCAGCUGAAGCAGCCCAUGACCUUGAAUAUGCAAACAAAGUGGAGAAAAUUUCUGUGAAAUCCCUCAUCCGGACUGCAUAUGGGUCCAAUGUUUCAUUUGUGACCAAAAAAUCUUCUGAUAAGGAGUGCAUUGACAAUGUGCCUUUGCAUGAGAGAGAAUCUGUAGCAGCUGAUGUACUAGCAGGCAUAUGCGGCACUCCUUCUCCUGAUGGAAUGGGCUCAUGCAUUACUAGUUCUGCUGAUCCUGGCCUGAAGAUCAGCAUGAAAAGAGUGGAGCAUGUCUUAUCCCAAGAAAAUGACAAAAAUGUUAAUGAGGAAGAAUCUCUCUCUGAUCAAGAGUGUGAAUUUGAUCCAGUUGAUUGGAAUGAUGAUGAGAAGUCAAUUUUCAUUGAGGCAAUGAAUAACUACGGAAAGGAUUUUUCUCGGAUCUCGUCUUGUGUGAAGAGCAAGUCAUAUGAACAAUGCAAAGUGUUCUUUAGUAAGGCUCGGAAAUCACUUGGUUUGGAUUUGAUCCAUCAAGGGGCAGCCGAUGUUAGUAUGCCAGCUAGUGAUACCAAUGGAGGGAGGAGCGAUACUGACGAGGCCUGUGCUGUGGAAAUGGAUUCAGCUAUCUGUAGGAAGCAGUCUUGUUCAAAGAUUGUGCAAGAUGUUUGUCCUACUGAAGGAGCCAUUUUAGGGCCUGACUCUGUUUUAAUCUCUAAGCAGACAGAAGGAGAUAUAUCAAAUAGGUGCAUUGUUGAUGUUAAAAUUGAGGAAGAUGAUAAGGAAGCUGAUAAAAAUUGCAGCAAUGUUGAUGAUAAGAGGUCCAGUGAUAGUACUCAUCAAGCUGGCCCUAUCAACAUCAAUUGCCCAGAAAGUACAGAUAAGCUGCAAGGAACUGAUGAUGCCGUUGACCAAGUAAACAUGCAUAGUAGUGUCCUCAACUCUUCAAAUGAGCAUGCAAUGGCCAUGCACUCAGAAGUGAGAUCCAGUUUACACUCUGUAGAUGUACUUCAAACAGACAAAGCUGAAGGUACUGGUACUGAUCCUAGCCAGGUGGAAGAAUGUUCACAUCAUGCUGUCUACACACCGAUGACAGCUGGGAAUUCUGGUUCCUCAGCUUUCUUAACUUCAGAUAGUGGUAUCAAGGACAAUGUUCACAUCUCAAACAUGUCUGGUGCCUCCACUGUUAGUCCUGCAUUCACUUCAAACUAUCAACAUUCUCUGCCAGGAGAUAUGCCCCUGUCGAAACCAAAGCCACUAGUAACCUCCCUUACCCCAAAGGAUUUAAUGCCUGUGCAGUUCAGUUCAGUUCUUCCUGAUCCCACUGCAUUUCGUUUUGAGGGCAUAAAGCCCAACUUUGAGGACAGCAGUGGCAACAAAGUCAGCAGUGCCCUAGGAGCUAAAGACAUUUGCAAGUACCCAGCUUUUAAAGACCCAUCUGAUAAUGAGCAUGACACAUUGUUUCGUAAUAUUGAUGGUUAUAUGAAUAAUCAUCUGACAACUGAAUUGCCAGUUUUUUCUCAAAGAACUGCAAGUGGCACUGUGAGUACUUCGCAGACAAAAUUCCAGAAUGGCAGGUCCAGCAGCGUGUGCCUUCCAAACAGUUCUGAGGGGAUUCAAUGGCCCAGGAAACCUGAAGAAGUACCGGAAGAUUCUUUGAGGCCUUGCGCUCGCAAUGCAAAAACUGAGGGUGGUGAGAAACAAAAGCGACCUGGUGAUGUCAAGUUAUUUGGGCAGAUUCUCAGCCAUCAGCCAACCUUGCCAAGUUCUGGCUCGUUGUGUAAUGGUAGCCAGAGCAAGCCUCCCUCACCAAAGAUUGACAAAACAUCUGUGAGAUUGACCAACAAUCCAAGGGAUCUUGUAGUUUUUUCUUCCAGGCCUGGUGUCAGUCCACAUGUGGGUCUGGAGGAAAGAUCAGUGAGGAGCUACGGCCAUCUGGAUGGAAGCACGAUACAGCCUGAGCCUCUGCUGGUGAUGGCGAAGUGCCAGAGAUCCUUGGCCAGUGUACCAUUUUACUCGGCUAAGAACAGCACGGUUGGCGUGUUUCCAGAUUAUCAACAACCUUCAAUGCAGCCACAUCAAUUAGAUCCCAAGCCGCUGGAAAUGUUUUCUGAUUCGCAGAAGAGGAAUGGGCUGGAACUCGUCUCGGGUUUCGGCGGUGCUGGUAUCCUUGUUAGCAACGUCUCAGACCAUGUGGCUGCUCUCAAGGCUCGGUAUGGUCCCGGUUCUAAGAUAAUGGGCAGUGACGCGGAUCCUUGGAAAGACAUAGGAAGCAGGUAGCACCGAUAGCGGUAGCCAGUUCUAGUGCUUGUUUUGUUGCUCGCUGUAUCAUAUUUAGUUCUUUUUUUUUUCUGUAACUUGAAUGAAAUCGUCAAAUGAAGGAAAGUGAAUGGCUUUCCUGCCCAUACUAUUUGUAAGCUUUGCAGUAGUUGCCGGGUUAUGUUAUUUACUGGCAUUAACAUUUUUACCUUUAUUGCAGCACCAUACCCUUUGGUAGCUUGACAUGUCAACAGCGGCCCAGCGCCACCGUGGGCUCGUUAGAGGUGAUUACCAGGUGUUUUGUCAGCAGGGUUUGAUGUUGUCAGUCUAUGGAAAUUCCUUAUUCUCAGUA